AACAUCACGGAAAAAACGUAGCAGCAGCAGCAGCAGCAGCAGCACCACAAACCCCACGCCGAGAUUUCUGCUCUCCGCUGCGCUAAAACUGCGCGACGAAAGCGGCCCACGACUAUGCUCGGAGCGGCGAUAAAGAGUGGGACGACCACUUGACAGGCCUGGGCGAGGUCUGAGCCGUUGCCGGGGGGGGGAAUACAUUUCUUCAUAUGGGAGCAGCAUGCGGGAAAUGGUCGGAGGUUGCUGCGUGUGUUCAGACGAGCGAGGCUGGGCUGAGAAUCCGCUGGUUUACUGUGAUGGACAAGGCUGCAGCGUCGCCGUUCACCAAGCAUGCUACGGCAUUGUCCAGGUGCCCACCGGCCCGUGGUUCUGUCGGAAGUGUGAGUCACAGGAGAGGGCGGCGCGUGUGAGGUGCGAGCUGUGCCCCCACAAAGAUGGUGCCCUCAAGAGGACGGACAGCGGAGGCUGGGCCCACGUUGUGUGCGCCCUCUACAUCCCUGAGGUGCAGUUCGCCAACGUCCUCACCAUGGAGCCCAUCAUCCUGAAACAUGUCCCACAUGAGAGAUACAUCAAGACCUGUUAUAUCUGUGAGGAUCAUGGGAGGGAGAGCAAGGCUGCCUGUGGAGCCUGCAUGACCUGCAACAGGCAGGGCUGCAGACAAGCUUUUCAUGUCACCUGUGCUCAGAUGGCUGGUCUGCUGUGUGAGGAGGAAGGCCCAGAGGCUGACAACGUGAAAUACUGUGGCUACUGCAAGCAUCACUACAACAAAAUGCAGAAGAAGUUGCGCUCCAGUGAAAAUACAAGUAGCGCCUUCAGUCAUUCCAGGGGGCGCUCCAGCUCCCCCUCACAGGACAAACACCACCACCACCGACAGAGGAAGAGUCAUAAGGACAAGAUAAGGCAAAAAGAGCGCCACAAGAAGUCCUCUGACAGCCUAAGCUCAUCGGUGACCACCAGCAGUAUAGAAAAGAUCUCCUCCAGUCACCACAGCAGCAAGGACAAUGAGGGAAAGUCCAAGAAGCUGAGCUCACACAGUCAUGGUCAUCGCAGUAAAAAGACUGGAAGCACUGGCAAGAGCUGCUCCUCCUCCUCCUGCUCCUCCAGUCCAUUCAACACAGGUGGCUCCUUGUCUUCUGCUCAGGAUUUCCAUCAGUUCUCAUCUUCAUCCCGCCUGGAGCGUGACUAUGACCGAGGAGCUGACGACCACAGUGGAGAGGAGCGUAAGGAGCGUCACAGGAGGUCAGCAGUCCAGGAGGACGAGGAUGAAGAGGACAAUGAAAAGGAGGAGGACAAAGAUGUGGAGGAGGAGGAGGAUGUGGAGGAGGAGGACGAGGAGGAGGAGGACAGUAAAUACCACAAGCCACCAGCACUGACUCCCGCUGAUGGCCCACUGGCAGGAUCACAGGGCCAUGACAGGUCAGAGGGCAACUCGAGCCCUUUCGAGAACAAGGUCACCAUCUCUACCUUUGGGUCCAUCAUGCGCAUCACCUCCUCGUCAGGGCUGGGCAGCAGCAGCAAGAUUCGCAAGAUCUCCUCCUCGGGAGACUACAAACCCUCCAAGUCUCUCUGCAAGCCGUCUCAACUGAGCACGCCGCCUAUCCUAGAGGAGGCGGACCUGGUGGACAAAGCCACGCCUCCACCACUGCCCCGAGAGAGGAGGCACCGUGGCAACAAGAAGAGUCGCCACGGUCCAGGGCGCCCGCGGGGCAGCAAGAACCGAGAGAGGAGGGAAGAGGAGCUUCACCACCACCAUCACCACACAGCACCUCCUCCUCCAGCCUUAACUUCCUCGCUCUACCCAAGCCCAUCCUCCAUCCCACACCCCGCCUUCCCCUCCACGCUACCUCCCCCCACCACCUCUUCCUCUUCUUCUUCUUCUUCUUUCUCCUCCUCCUCUGUCGGCGGUUUUUCCACGGGCCGUGGCAACUCGCUGCUCAGCUCCAGCAUCUACUCCAGUCUCAAGGACCCUCUCACACUGGGCGGGGGUGUCUGCAGUACCCCUCUCUCCCUAGGUGGAGGGGUUUGUAGCACCUCCUUGUCCCUGGGAGGGGGCAUGUGUAGCACCUCUCUCUCCUCAGGACUCCUCCUAUCCCACGUUUCCUCACUCUCUCUUCCAUCAGUCAACGCUGUCUCCAACACACAGGUCCAUCCAGGUUCCAGCACCUCCUAUAACCUGACUUCCACCCAGCCUUUCGCCAGCUGUCUCUCCACAGCCCCGACACUGCCGCCACUACUGAGCCAAGCCCAGACCUCACUGCCAGAGUCCGACCUCGAUGACUGUCGCUUUCCAUGUCAGGGGAACUCGCCGAGAGAGAGUCUUUCCUCACAGUCUCCCAUGAGCUGUCUUCCUCUUCUGUUUGACCAGAGAGACGGGUUGGGCGCAGGAGUUAGAGCCCGUCCCGAGAACGUCCCUUCAGCCAGCUCCCACAUCGAGCUCCUGCUGGAGAAACAUGGCAACGGAGAGAUGGGAGUCAAUAUUGUGGAGAUGCUCCAGUCCCUACACUCCCUGCAGCAGGAGAACCAGCGCCUCCAGGACCAGAUCCUCAGCCUGACGGCCAAGAAGGAGCGGCUACAGCUGCUCAACACGGAGCUGGCCGUGCCUUUUCCUCCACACGUUCAUUCCGCCCAGGGCUCCUUGCACACCUCUGCUCAGAUCAACUUCCUGUCAUCCACUCAAGACCCUCUGAGCACCAAUAAGAGUCCCCUGUCCAAAAGCUGCUUCCUGAAUGACACCUCCUUUGUUACCUCAUCUGAGGAGCUCCACUCUGGUAGUCCGUCCCGCAGUAGCUCGUCCCUCUCUUUCCAGAGUACUCCUCCUCCUCAGCAGAGCCCCGCUUCCUUCGGCCAGCCCCUGCUGAACGGCCUGAGUCGAGGUUUGAGUGAUGGUUUGGGGACCAUCAGUCAGCCUGGCAGCUCCUCUCUGCCGGUGGUGGGCGGGCUCAUGGCGUCUCUCGCAGGAAGUCCUCAGCUGAAUAUGAACGGUGUGCUGGGGACUCUGAACGGUGUGAUCCAGUCUCCUGUGCAGAACGCCCCUCAGCCCACACUCCCUGCUCUGCGCCCCCAACCUCCACCACUCAACCCCCAGGCACUGGCACAGGGCUUCCAGCUUCCCAAGAGUGUGAGCCCGUCUUCUCUCCUGUCAGAGCAGCAGAAGCAGCUUCUUCUGGAGCAGCAGCAGCAACAGCAGCAGCUCCAGCAGUUCCUCACCUCACAGAACUUCACUCCUGAGCAGCAGGUGGUGGUGUGCCAGAUGCUGCAGCACCAGAGACAGAGGGAGCUGCAGCGCCUCACACUCACAGGAGCGCUCACCUCCACCCCAAACUCACCCAUGAUCGCCCAGUCACCCAACCUGCUGUCCUCUGCUACAGCCUCACCCCUGCAGGGCGGCCAGGGAGGCUGCCUCUUUGGCCUGCAGGACAACGCACUUCACAAGCCCGGGGCUGCAGGAGAAAAAGGUGGAGACAAGAAUGGGUGACAUCUCUCGAUAAAACGAGCAGCUCAAAUGAAGAUUUCGGGGAUCACACGCCCACUUGAAGAACUGAGGUCAACUUACAAGACUUUUGAACGUCUUUCCUUCUCUGUCAUCUUUAUCUUAAACCCUCUUUUAUGAAUGUAUAACAGGAUGGACUUAAACGUCAAGGUGAAGUUUUUUCGUGUUUUGAAAUUCUUUAUAUCAGAGGUUCUUCUCAUAGGUUUUUUGUGUAGGCAGCUUUCAGAGAACAUGAAUUCAAUGGUCUCUUCUUAAAUUGCACUAAUUUGUUAGCUAGACCAAUGGGGCUGUGUAUGAAGGCAGAGUCAGAGUUCCUGCUCAUCCCUGCAGGAGCUGUGUAGGCUUUCGGUUUGUGAGUGGGAACCUCUGGUCAGAGUGUUUUGUUUUUUCGUUUUUUUUUCUCUGACUUCUCAAGCAGUCACCAUUCUUGAAUUCUCUAAAUUGCUUGGACCAGAGUUUCCAUUCAGUCGGUGAGAGCCAGUCAGUCAGACUUCUGCCCCUUCUUGCAACCUCAACUGUCUUCCUUGAUAUUUUGUCUUCCCUUUGUGUUCACCCCAACCAGAUUUCAUCUAGAUCUUCUGUAUGUUGCAGCCUCUCACGGGCACUUAUUACGUAAAGGAUAAAUAUACAGUCAUUUUCAAAGUGUGGUUAGUGACAUUUCAGCAUUAAGCUAGUUAUUACCUCAGACUCUUUUGCCACCCAUUUUCCAUUGUUGACAGUUUGUGCUGACUCAUUGCCGCAAUAGUCUUCACUGGAUAUAAAUGCCCACCAAAAAUCUUGGUAUUAACUCUAAGGUAUUAACUUAUAUAAAUGUAAAAAUGGCACACAACCCACGUUCCCAAAAUGGCGCUAUCGUCCACCAGAGACUGGCAUCAACGUGAAUGUUGAGCACCAGGUUUUAUUCUAAACGACCACAAGAGUUUCUAAAGACUUUUAUAUCCUUCCAGUUGCUAUCGAGAUUAAGCAGAUGAAACCAAACAUUUGGAAAUUGUAAUUAAGAAAUUAAUUGUUUUUUAAUUGUUGCACUUUGCAUGUUAGUAGCUAACAGAGCAAAUUAGCCAUCAACACAGUACCUUAUAAAGGAUGCUUGGUACUUACUAGGCCACUAGGGACUUACAGGUUUUUUGAUUUAUAUGAGUAUUUUGCACUCUGUCUAAAGUGUCAGCUUUUUAUGUUACUUUCAUACAUAGACAUUCUUUUCAUGUCCGCCAACUAGUUGUUCUUUUAGCAAUACUGGAUAGAUAAUGCCUUAAUGAUACUAGAUUAACAGAGAAAACCACGAGCCCUAAGGCUCACUCUCUUGGCAUCUUUCUUUGAUAGUGUUUUUUAUCUCGGGUUCAUGAAGGGGUACAUUACUAGAGUGAAAGCACUCUUCCUAAACCCAUUUAUACUUUUGAUAGCUGACUGAUGAUAUCAACAGUUGAAAUGUGUGAAUAACCGUAUAGUGGUAACUAAAGUGUCAAAUCAUUUUCUAUUGUAAUUUUUGUGUUAAGAUGCAAUGUUCUUUAGUUGUUUGUGCUUCAGAGAACUUAGAAGGACUUGUUGAAAAUCUUACAGUAAAGCCUGCACAGUGGUGUCAUAGGAAGACGGCUGGGGACGGCCAUGAUGUAAACUAUUAUUAAAGUUCUGUCGCAUCAGUGUAUGAAACAUAGUGUAGCUGUUAUCAGCACUGAGAAGACCGUGAAUUGCCAGUGUUGCUACUGUUGGCCUUCACUGCAGGGCUGUGUGAGCCCACGUUCACGACUUAAGCCAACGUAGACACUAUGAUAAGCUUCUUUUUCCCUCUACUCCACUUUAUCAUGUGAUGCCUCUGUUUGGCUCAGUUUUACUAACAAAGGCCACUCUCACAUUCAUCUUUUACUCUCAAAGUAAGGGAUUAUUUUAUCAGGUUUUCUCCUGUGUUCUUUAAAAAUAUUAUCAUGUCUUCUGUUUGCAAUCUUGAACAUGAUCUCCCAUACAUGUGAUAUGUUGAGUGCUAGAUUGUUUUUGUUAGCAGCUAAUGUAGACGUCAGAAAGGAACUUCGAGCAGCUCACUAGUCAGUGAUAAAUACUGUAGCAAAGCCAGGAGGAGUAUGUUGAUUAUGUUGAUAAAGACAUGAGCCAACGCGUUGACAUGACUCCAAGUGGGAGUUCUGCAUUUUACCAAGCAUGUCCUUAUGAGUCGCCUCUCAGCUGAGGCCAAGUCCAGACACACGACCACGUCCAGGAGAUUGACUAAAGAGUGGUGCGAAGGAUUUCUGAAGCAGUUUCUUUCUCAUGUUGCACUGGGGCGCUUUGGGCCCAAUUGUAAAGCGUUUUUUAGUACCUUUUCAAUUUUGUUGGAAUACGAGUUGUAUACUUUAAUAUGUUUGUGCAAAAACACAUUCAUUCUUUUAAGCUUUGAAGUUUGGGUAACCAAGAUAAUCCAUGUUAUGAAUGUCGUACUGUGUAUCUUUUAUGUAUUACAACAUUUAAGCACCUAGCUCUGAAUGAGGUUUGAUGGAGAGCAAGUUACCUAUGAGAUAUGAAUUGCAUGAAAUGCAGUGAUGUCUCUUAAAUGUAAUGCUAAAAACCAAGUAAUAACUAUGCAUACUUUUAAAUGCAUUGUUCCCUGGAAAAAAAAGAAAUUAAAUGAAAUGAGCACUGAAGUUUAAAAAGGACAAGCACGUUGUCAUUGUACAGUGUAUUUGUUUGAGAGAAUUGAUUAAAACAAUUUGACAAUAUUCAGAUUAAAAGCCCUGUAAAGUAUUUUGAUAUUUUUGUGUGUAAAAUUAAAAAGACGGAUU